AUGGCAGACCAACGAAAGCAGCGCUCGUAUACCAACUCGAAGAGGAAGACCCAGCCAUGGCAGUCUAUGGUGGAUACGUACAUCUGGGUAGAAGAGCAGCGCUGGGCGACGGCGCAGUGGGUGUUUGAGCAGCAGAUGCGGACGAUCUACGGUGCCGGUAUAGAUGAAAAACAGCGGGCCGCAGCAGAAAGGCAUCGUGCUGACGAGCACCGACAGACCGUCGAGGAGAUAGCCAGCAGAAUCGCGGGGAAACGAAGUCGCAGAUCCAGGACAAAGGAAAGGCCACCAAAGAUGACAUGGACAGACUAUCAGGCGCGAUGGCAAGCCGUUCACUCGUCAUCGUCGUCGUUAUCAUUCUCCUCCAUUCCAUGGCCGCAGAGAAUCCAGCCAGCCACGCCAUCCGACAUAUCUCCUGCUGCUAUCGCCAGCUUCAUAUUCGCAUACCCCGGCACGCAGUCACGCAAAGAGCGGAUUCGCAGUGCGCAGUUGACGUGGCAUCCAGACCGAUUUCAGAGGCUAUUGGGCAGAGUAGUAGAGGAGGAGAGGGAGAAAGUUGGGGAGGGAGCAGGAAUCGUCGCACGGGCGCUAAAUGAUUUGAAAUAG